CCAUAUACCAAAUCACAAUCUCCUUACUCUUACUGUGAAGAAAAACAUGGCAUCCAAAUCUGCUCAUAUUUUCUUCGCAAUUCUCUCAGUUGUGGCGGUGACGGUUCCCAUUGUCGCCGCUACUUCUCGAGGCUCGAAAGUGGGCGGUUGGCAGCCGAUCUCGAAUCCGAACGCUCCGGAGGUGGUUACAAUCGCGAAAUUCGCGGUGGCGGAACACAACAAGGAGAAGAAGGCAUCGUUGGAGUUGGUGUCUGUGUUGUCGGCAUCGUCGCAGGUGGUUUCUGGUACCAAUUACAGGCUGGUCAUCUCCGCCAUGGAUAACCACGCCGCCACCCCUUACAAAAGCUAUACCACCGUUGUUCAUUCCAGCCUCUUGCGAUCCCUAUCGCUCAUUUCCUUCCAACCAAAUGAAGACUAAUUUCUGAUACCCCGAUUACAACAAAUUAAAACUGUGUUUUCGUAUGAUUAAUUAAUUAUAAAAUUAAAUAGAAUUCACUCUGUUUUACCAUGCCAUGACAAUAGUCGUAUUACUUUUGUUAUCCAUACUAAAUAAAAAAGAAAUUUUAAUUGGCAACAAUGCGAUCACCGUACACAUGGUUUUUGCGACGAAAAGAGAUUAUUAUAGUUCAGCAGAUUGUUCUAUCUUUACAAUCAAACCCUAGCUAGUGCGAUCGUGGUGCUCCUCACAUAUUAUUUUAUUAUCUAAAAUAAUUAUUCUAUAGAA